UUACAGGGUCAGAGGUAAGACACAGACGUCUUAACGACCCCCGGAGAGACACGUGGAGAACAGGAAGAAAUCAGGCGGCCAUUUAUUUACAAACUUAGCAUAUACAGCAGUAAUGCUUCGUCUGUUUUUGCUUCUAUCAUUGGCCGUCUGGUGUUGCCAUGGACACGGUAACCAUGGACAACAGGGUGGAACCCAAGGUCAACCCGUUCCUGCUGACCAGUUUAAUUUCCACGACCCAAAAAUCAGCCAGGAUGAGGCUCACUUGAAAGAACACUUGAAGGACCAAAUCGACACAAACAAACGAAUGACACCGGAGGAGAUGGAAUUUCACUACUUCAGGUUACACGACACAAACAACGAUACCAAACUGGACGGACUGGAGAUCAUGGCGGCUUUGCAUCACAUGGGUGACAUGUUCAAACUUCAACCCCAGGAGAAAAUUGGUAAAACACCGGAACAGAUCGCAGCAUUGGAGGAGGAAAGACAAAAAGGGGCCCUCAAGUAUUUCACAGACAUCAUUGACCGAGUCCUGGUAACGGACGAUGUCAACAGAGACGGAUACAUAUCUUACCCGGAAUACAUGAACGCCAGAAAGCGAGACUUCCACCAGUAUCAGCAACAGAUGGCGAUGCAACAGCAACAAAUGGCACAAAUGCAGGCUGCGCAAUUCCAGCAGUUCCAGCAAUUCCAACAGUACCAGCAACAACAAGCUCAAAUGGCGCAACAGCAGCAACAAAAAUUCCAACAGCAACCGAAUCAAAAUCAAUUACCCAAUGCGCAACAAUUCCAGCAACAACCACAAGCUGGCGCAACCAAAUCUUCCUAAGGCAAUGUGUGGGAUCUCACUGUUCAAAAUGAAAUAAUUAACUUUCAUUCAGUUUAAUUUAUCUUUUAUAUACUUUUUGUAAUUUACAAGAAUAAAAAUGGGUGAAAGUAGUUUUACAUCGAAAAAAGAAAAUUGCCAAACAUAUGAGAGAUAAAAAUAUUACGAUGAUGAAUGGUGCGUGUGUGUUUCUGUUGUAAACUGUCCAUGUCUCCUUGUCUAAUAUUGUUUGGUUUUUGGUGCAUGUACAUGGUAUAAUUUAGUAUUUGCGAAUCUUCAAUUAUUUAAAUUUGAAUGUCCGUUUAUGAGAGAGAGGGAGAGAGAGAUAGUUGUAUAUAAAUACACUUAUUUAUACAAUUUUGGGUGCAUUUGUUUUGAUAAUAAAAUAUUUGUAAAAAAAAAAA